AAACACAGAGAAUUGGAGCUGUGGAGUGAGGAGACUGGGGUACCGCUCAGGGGCGCUAGGUUUUGGUGAUUUGUGGGUGAAUUGGAGAUGGCGGAGGGCAAUUUUGAUCCCUGUGAGUGCAUCUGUUCCCAUGAACAUGCCAUUCGGAGACUGAUCAACCUGCUUAGACAAUCGCAGUCGUACUGUACUGACACCGAGUGCCUGCAGGAACUGCCUGGACCAAAUUCCUCUGGUGAUGGUGGCAUCAGCAUUGCUAUGAUUGCUAUGGCUUGGCUUGUUAUUGGUUUUACUCUAUAUCUGUUCAGACCAAGAAGUCUAAGAGGCCCCAGAACAUCUGCCAAACCAACCAGUCCUCACAAUAAUCGGGGUCCGGAACCUCCUGCCCCACCAGUAGACUAGCCCGGCUCACGUCUUCAGAACAGUGAGGAAUUUGCACGACCAAAAGAAGCCAAACUGACCAGACUACUCUGAACCCAAGGAAUGUUUUUGGUUUUUUCCUCUCUCUCUCUAUUUCUUACUAAUAGUGAAAAUGCCUGAGAUUUCUAUUCCAGUUCUCUGUUUCAUACUGAUCUUGUAAAUAUGACCUAGAGAACAGUAUGUGUUAGUUAAAGUCCAUUUUAUUAUUUUAUGAGAUCUAUUAAUCGGGUGACCAUAGCUGAUUUAAAUACUCUGUUCAACAUGUUUUACUCCUCAUCUUCCUCUUUGAUAUAUAACUUUGUGCUUUGUUUUUUUUCUUCUGUUCAUGGAAUAGGAUGACACAUUUAUAUUAGGGGGGGAAGAUACCAGCUAUUACUGUUCAUACCAUUGGUGCCAUUCUGUCAGACCACACUGUAGGCUUUUUUACAGGGUUCACAUGAUGUUACUAUAGACAUACAUUGCAAUAGCAGAAUCUCUUUCUGACACUAGUCUUGCGCAGAAGGCAGUAUGCCAGCUCCUUCACAUAAUACAUACAAAUAUGCAAAUAAAUAAAGCUUUAUAUGAAAAAUAACCUAAGUCCAAAGGACUGACUUUUGGGGUAUACUCCCCAUAUAAAUAGUGAAUAUUUUCUCUUUAAGUUAAGGGAUGUUGGAGAGAUGGUUUAGUAGUUACUGGGGUGGAUGCCUCUACUCUAAGGUGUCAUAAAAUUGUGUGCCAUUUGUAAAUGCCCAUAAACAAGCAACACUUUACCUGCCAAAGAUAAUACUUUAUAUUUUGUAUUGUGUAGCACUUUGUGGUAUCAACCACCAGAAUGUAUUCCAUUGUCUCAUUCUCUGAUGCAGUUCCUUCUGACAGAUGAGAAGGACAUAGCCCACUACUUGUAACGUGGCCCAGGCAAGCAAAUAGAUCUUCCGGUGUUUGUCCAACUUCAAGAAGCCCUGACAAUGAUGAUUUUUCUUUGAUAUAGCAGUUCUGAAACCAAGCACUUUAUAAUGGUCCUGCUGACUAGGGAGCCUAUGCAGCAGGUUAACUACCUCCUAGAAGAAAUUCAUUUAAUCCUGGCUGAAAACUAGGUAUAAAUAUUGCACAGAAAUGCAGUGCUAUGCCAGCGGUACGGUGCACGAGUCUGAGUUUGAGCAGUAAUAUGACCAUAACAUUAUUCUCUUGGCCUGCGAAUCACUAAAACUCUGCAGGACCACCAAAUUUUUCAGGGAACUAACAUGGACUUCAUCUAAAUAGAUGGUAGAUAUUCCUCUAUUACAGCAUCUUUAUGGCAUGGGCUGAAGCUUGGACAAUAUUUAACUUCGGUUCUCCUAACAAGCUUAGUUCAAAGGUUAAUGUGCAAUGCAUCUAUUCCAACAAUUUUAAUGGCUUAUUGCCUGCUGGUGGCAUGUUUUGAUUUGAAUAAAUGGAUAGCAAACAGAAUGGCACAUUUAUUAAUAUAACAAUGUAAUUAAUACUGCCAGUGCAGAUAUGUAAUCCUCGUGGUGGAUACACGUGUAUAUGUGCAUCAGAGUUCACUUGAAACAAGCCCUGAAUGGGGGUCCUAGGCUUAUGGCUUUCUGGCUCAUUGUAGAUGCACUUGCAUCAUCCAUACAGGCAUUUCUUGUUUGCUGGACCAGUUCUUUCCUGAUAACAAAUUUUCUAUCAAACUGAACUUAAGGGACCAUUGGUCUUAUUUUUUUAUAUCUCAUCUGCAUAUACAUGUCCCCUAAAUUGUAAAGUAUGAAGGCAUAGCUAAUUGUGUGCACAAAUAAUUUGCAUAUUUGUAUUAAUUUUGUAUCAUUAAGAGCUGGCAUAAUGUUCUCCAUUGAUAGCAAAUAAACAUCAGCAUUACUUUAUGACCA